CCAAUCCCUUCCUAACCGGCUUGACCCAGCUCAGCCCUGAGGUGUUUGCAGCAGCUCUUUCUGAGAAAGUCCAGCCAGCCAUCUGUUAUCUGCAUUGCUUCCUGGGGAGGGACAGUCCCUCCAGCCACUCCAGAGACCUAGGGGGAGUGUGCUCCUACGCGUCUGGGAAGUGCUCCUAGGCCCCAGGCUGUGCCACAGCAGUGACCACCUCCUGAGGACCCUCAGAGCCCCAGCUGCUGCCAACUGCAUGAGGAAGGACUUGUCUUCUGGCCCCAGACUGGAGGAGGAGGAUCUGCCAUUGCCGGGGGAAGGUGGCCAUGUCUGAGGCACCAUCCUGCCCCAGCCAGGGCACCGCAACCCCAGGCUGCAAGCUGGGGGCCCUGUACCGGGCCUGUGUCCACAACGACCCCACCCAGCUCCAGGCCAAGCUGGAUGUGGGGGUCUCCCCAGAGGAGGCCACCCAAGUGGACAGCAAUGGGAGGACAGGCCUCAUGGUCGCCUGCUACCACGGCUUCUCGAGUGUCGUUGCCCUGCUCAGUCGCUGUCCUUUCCUCGAUGUGAACCAUCAGGACAAAGAAGGGAACACGGCCCUCAUGCUGGCUGCCCAAGCAGGCCACGCUUCUCUGGUGAGUCUCCUGCUCAACUACUACGCGGGCCUGGACCUAGAGCGCCGGGACCAGCGGGGGCUCACAGCACUGAUGAAGGCUGCCAUGCGGAACCGAUCGGAGUGUGUGGCUGCCCUCCUCAUGGCAGGUGCUGACCUGACCUCUGUGGAUCCUGUUCGGGGCAAGACUGCCCUGGAGUGGGCCUUGUUGACUGACAGCUUUGACACGGUGCAGAGGAUCCGGCAGCUGCUGCAGAGGCCCCGAGUAGAGCAACUGAGCCAGCAUUACCAGCUCGAGUGGCCAGCCUUGCCAGGGCUCGUGGCCCAGGCGCAAGCCCAGGCCCAGGUUGCUCCUUCCUUCCUAGAAAGAUUGCAGUCCACCCUGAGCUUCUCCUUUGCCCAGUCUCCUCAGGAGGGGGGUGUUCUGGACCACCUUGUGACCAUCACUACGGGCCUGGCCAGUCCCUUUCUUGCCACUGCCUGCCACACACUGUGUCCUGACUAUCCACCUGCUCUCGGCACCCGAAGCAAGUCUGUGCCAGAACUGCUAGGUACUGCCCCCCCUCCUCCUCCAGUACCCCAGCCCCCCCAGGAAGUACCUGGCCCCAGGGUCUUUGUUCCCUACCAAAGCCCUCAGGGCAUGUUCUCUCAGUGGCUGCAGCCCAGGAGUAGUACUAGCACUAGGUCCCAAGUUCCCAAGAUCCUCCUCUCCAAGGCACCUUCAGCCCCUAGACAAUUCAAGUUUAUGUCCAAGUCUUCAGGGCGUAAUAACCUGGUCCUUCCUCUCUGGCGAUACCAGGAGCUCAGGUUGGAGAGGAAGAGGCAGGAGGAGGCAAGGUUGGCACAGGAUCAGGGGAAGAUGGGCUAGGCCAGGAUAGGAGCAGGGAAUUACGCCUUUUUCUAUGCUGCAUUCUUGCCUAGAGAUACUUCUGCCCCCCCAUCCACCUCUAAAAUGUUUUCCAACCUAUGUACAAAGUUGUUAUAGCACUGUUUGUAAUAGCAGGGUAGAACUAACCUAAGUGUCCAUCAAUAGGGUAUUGGCUAACAUUUUGGGGGUGGAUUACUAUAUUCUGUGCAAUGCAUUACAAAGCUAGAGUAAGGAAGUUCUUUAUGUCCUGAUAUUGAAACAAACUGAAUUUGGCCCCAUUCUGAAUUGGGAACAACUUUCUCCUUCUGAGAAUGGAGACUGAAGGGCUGCCUCCCUGCCCCCUCCUUGGCCUGACAGAUGCUAAGAAGCUGAGAGGCAAGACAGCUCCCUCCCCGGUCCUGUGUAGCACAGGCUAACAAAAUCUAUAUAUGUACAUUUCCUGCCUUUUGUCUCACUUCCCUACUGCUACUGCUUCUCCUUUAAAGCUCUGUUCACGUUCAGGGAUUUCAAAGAUGUAACUUAUGCCACAAUAUGUUUCUUCUAUCUUCCUUUAAAACUAGCUUUGAAUAAAAUCUAUCUUCCUAUCAAUUUGA